GCCCUUCGCGGAACUAACCAGGAAAGCAACACGCUAACACGCUUGUGCUUGUUUAUAUGCAAACGCGCCGAUAUGAACAACAGGGUGUCCAAAUUGAACCAGGCAACAUUCCUGUACAAAAGUACAGAGAAUGUUUCCUGGCGUAAUUGGACAUCCUGUAGAUCACUGAUGGAAAGUCAACGAUGUUAAGAACUUCAGAUGACAUUUAUGUGAAUACUGAAAAGAAACGUUUACAUGUACUUGUGUGUAUAUUUAUUUUUCAUUUUCGUGAGUGCAUUAAUGCGCUGCUUUUGAUUGAGUAAGGUUUUGUGUUUUUACGGUUUGAAUUGGCUCAUCAUUCAUUUGUAUUAUAUUAGUACACCUAAUUACGUACCUACUGCUAAUAAUUCGUGAUUUCGUGCUAUUCAAAAAAUUGACAAUUGACGAACAUACCCGCUACCCUCUAGAUACUCGGAGCAAUUCAUUUUUAAUUGAAGAUGCGUAUUAGUUUUCGAAGAUGUUUGAUUUGUGGUAGAAGGGGCAAUUCCGGAUUUUUUGGAUUCCCAAAAAAUCCGACGAGAAGAAAACUCUGGAAGGAUAAAUGUAAUCUAAGUGCAUCAUUCCGCGUAAAUUCCUCGAUGAAACUAUGUUUCGUACACUUUGAAUACAGAGACAUCGUUGUCACUUCUACAAGAAUAACUCUCAAAAGAAGUGCCGUUCCGAUUACUACCGUUGUAAACCAAAGAAUAUCUCCGGAUGCGAGGCGCCUUGAUACAAGUGAUCAGGUGCCCUCUUGGUUUGUAGAAGUAGAACCAGAUUCGGCUGAAGAUGAUGAUGAGGAGGAGGUGCGUUUUGUUUCAAGCUCUACUCCGGGAAAUGUGACAUGUACAAUAAAGAUUGAUGAUGAAGACGAGUAUCAGGAACCAAACUCGGAUGAUUCCGAAUGCGACAACGAGGAAACGGAAACGAUUGACCUGACGGAUGCAGAUGAAAAUUGUGUCGAUAAUGUCGAUGUGCUGCUCUAUCUAGAUACUGUAAGGAAGGAGUGCGGAAAAAAUUUAGAAGUAAUAGAUCAGUUGAAGCAAGAAAAAACCGAAAUAAAGGAAAAAUACGAAAAUCUGCUGAAUUCAUUAUUGAAAAAGAAAAGUAUUUCAAAAGAUGGAAGGAAAAUAAUCGAAAAUUUUCGAACUACGCAUAGGAAUCAGAAAUAAUAGUUAAUGAUCAUGGAAUUUUAAUAUACCUAUGGGGUAAAACUCGGCAACGAUUCGGUGAUUUUGCCAAUUCUUGUUAUUAAAGUUGGCGCUCAUUCUUUGACAAAUUUGAAACUUCAAAUAUGUACUUUGUGUUAUACGUUCUAGGUACUUACUUAUAUUUAGUUUUUAAUGCCGUGAUGCUGUGAAGCAUUAUUCAAAAGGCGUUGUAUUUUGAUAGGUAACUAUGUUUUUUUUCUAAUUAGCAAUUUUGUAAGGCGUUGUAUUUUGAUAAGUAACUAUGUUUUUUUCUAAUUAGAAAUUUUGUAAUACCUACCUACAUUCGAUGUUUCGAGAGUAAUUGUGUAUUUUGACAUUUCAAUUCCUUGUGUAAGAAGGUAUACUUUCCACUUUUUUAGUUUGUACAGUACAAUACCUACACAAGAACAUUUGAAAAAACAGAAAACUAUUUUGGUUGUUUGAUGAUUGACAAAUGCAAGUUUUUGAAACUUGUGAAAUUGAGAUGAAUAAUUGGCCUAUAGUUACACGGUUAGGUAUAAGUACAUGCACAGUAAAUCAUUGUUUCUAUAAAUAGCAGCAUUUGAAUUAUUAUACCUUGUGGUUUCAAUGGUAGUAAUGAUAACUUUACCUAUACCUACGUAUGUAAAUCUACCGUCGACCGUUCGACGUAGAUUUCAGUAGAUUUCGGAAAUCUACAGCAAAGUUGUACGAUGACUCAUCAUGACUACCUCGGGUCCUCGGCCCACCACGGUUCAAGCUUUUUCGUAGCUCGCACACGCCAUAAUUGUUCAUUAUUGCAAUGCGAUUUUCAAUUUCAAAUUUAAUUAGGGAUAAAUGCAACGAAAACUGCAAUUCGAAAAAGAAUAAAGAGCCUGAAAC